AUGAAUGGAUACCCAAACUGCUCUGCUAACCACACUAAAAUUUGGAGUCAUUAUUUAGUACUCGCACUGGGCAUCCCUCAGCUGACCAUUAACAUAGCAUCUGUGAUCUUCAACUGCACAGUCAUCUUCACCAGAAUGGCCACAAAGGAUCUGCACAAGCCUAUCUCUAUACUCUUCUGCAAUUUGGCUUUUUCUGAUCUCUUCACCAGCUUUUCUGGCUUUUGGAUUUCAAUGCUGUUCAUCACCAAUCCUGACAUUACAAUCUUUGGAUCCAAGGAUAUGCUUGCACCUUAUGCCUUAUAUACUAUGUCUAUUUUAUCCACCAUCUAUAACUUGGUAAGCAUUGGAAUUGAACGCUAUCUGGCUGUGGCUGAAAGCAUGAGAACAAGAUUCAGGGUUGCUAGAAAUCAUUCCAUAGCUGCGGUUUUAAUUAACUGGGUCCUUGCUCUCUUUUUGGGCUGCUUGCCAUUGAUGGGGUGGAACUGCUUGCGCACGGAAAAAAAUCUCUCCAUCCUCUACAGUCCGUUUUGCGUCGACUACCUCAUCUUCAUCGCCAUUCCCAAUGUUGUGGUGGCUUUUAUUAUACCUCUGUUCACUUACCUUAGAAUCAUUAUCAUCCUGAGGAAAAGAAAGCUGAGAAUGAAAGCAUGUGGACAAGCCACGGGCACCUACAAAUCAGCCGAAAUCCAGGUUGCCAGAACCAGUAUUUUUAUUUGGCUCCUGGCGCUGAUCUCCUACGCUCCUUUUUUUGCAGGAGUCAUAUUCGAUGCAACUAACCAUCAGUGCCACGCUGAUCUCUACCCAGGUGUCUACAUUUUUCGAAACUGCACAGCUAUGCUGAUAACCAUGAACUGCUUGGGAAACCCCAUCAUUUAUACCCUGAAACCCAAAGCCCUGGGGGCUAAACUCAACCCUCUGAAAUGCCUCUCCGCCAGCGUGUCCGAGCCCGCACCAUUGAGAACAUCCAGCCGGGGCUGCCUGUGGUCCAGGGCUGCUGAUGGACCUGACCUAGUCAAUGUAGUCAGGGGCAGAGCUGAAAUUAACACCCCAUUCCCGCCCGCUGCCGGCGAGGGGACAGCUCCGGGGUGUGGAAACCAACGCGGGGCAUGGGAACCAGCACGGGGCAGGGGGGGGGUCCCAGGGCGGGCAGCCGCGGAAGGGGGGCUGGAGUUUUGUGGCUUCUCUCAGCAGCUUUCACACCCUUCGGUAGCGGGUGAAGCGGGUGCAGCGUUGGGGAGGUCUGCGGCUUUUCCUUCUUGA